ACGUAUAUAAAAGGUCUAAGGAAAUAGUUGAGUUCAUUGAGAGCCGAGCCAGCGUUUGUGUUGACUGCUCAGAGUCCACGAACUCAGGCUGCUUCUGUUCCACCUCUUCCUAUCUGCUAGAUCUCAGGGAAACUUCCCGUUUAACCAUUUCCAGGAGACCUGAACCAUGGCUUACCACAGCUUUCUACUGGAACCCAUCAGCUGCCACGCCUGGAACAAGGACCGAACCCAAAUUGCACUGUGUCCCAAUAACCAUGACGUCCAUAUCUACAAAAAGGCUGGGAAUAGCUGGACUAAAACUCAUGAGCUAAAGGAGCACAAUGGGCAGGUGACUGGUAUCGACUGGGCCCCGGAGAGCAACCGCAUCGUCACCUGUGGCACUGACCGCAACGCCUACGUGUGGACCCUGAAGGGGGACGUGUGGAAGCCCACUCUGGUUAUUCUCAGGAUUAACCGUGCUGCCCGCUGUGUGAAGUGGUCGCCCAAAGAGAACAAGUUUGCCGUUGGCAGCGGCUCCCGCCUCAUCUCCGUCUGCUACUUCGAGCAGGAGAAUGACUGGUGGGUGUGUAAACACAUCAAGAAGCCUAUCCGCUCCACCAUCCUCUGCCUGGACUGGCACCCCAACAACAUCCUGCUGGCUGCUGGAUCCUGUGACUUCAAAUGCAGGAUUUUCUCGGCCUAUAUUAAAGAGGUGGAGGAGAAGCCCGCUCCGACCCCGUGGGGCUCUAAGAUGCCAUUCGGGGAGGUGAUGUUUGAGUCCACUGGAACUGCAGGCUGGGUACACGGGGUCUGCUUCUCUGACAGUGGAAACCGUGUGGCCUGGGCCAGCCAUGACAGCACUGUAGCUGUGGCUGAGGGAGGCAAGAGUGCUGUAGUCACUAGUCUGACCUCAGAGACUCUUCCUCUGCUUUGUGUGACGUUCAUCACUGAGAACAGCUUAGUGGCUGCAGGCCAUGACUGCUACCCUGCGCUGUUUGUCUACGAUGCUGGUAAAGGGGCUAUUACUUUUGGAGGGAAGCUGGAUGUCCCCAAGCAGAGCGCUCAGAAGGGCAUGACGGCCAGAGAGCGCUUCCAGAACCUGGACAAGAAAGCCACUUCUGACACCAAAGAGGCGGUGCUGGAGUCCCUGCACAAAAACAGCAUCAGCCAAAUCUCACUCCUGGAUGGUGGGAAAGCUAAGUGUACCAAAUUCUGCACCACUGGAAUGGAUGGAGGCAUGGCCAUUUGGGACGUAAAGUCCAUCGAAUCUGCCAUGAAAGACCUGAAGAUCGUCUAAGCUGAGAGAACUUCAGGCUGUUCUACAGGAAAAAGGGUUGAUUGAGAUAUCAACACCCUGCUGCUUAUAUGCAAAUAUGCCGCAAUACAUUUCAGAUCAUUGAAAAUCAUUGAAAAUUGUUCCUCAGUGUAGUUUAAACAGCAGUUAUGCUAAUCAGUGGGAGAUAAUGGGAUGAACUAAGCACUUGUUAUUUGAUGCUGUAUUACAUUUUCAGAUAUGCUGGUCAUAGCGUGCUUGUAUUACUGUUUUUGCUCUGAUUUCUAAUAAACAGUGUCUUAUGAGCGCCUGAA